AUUGACAUCAGACUUCGUAUCUUAAAACAGUUACUUAUACAUUAAAAGUACGAUCGGAGAAUGUUUUGAAGCAAAUGUGAUGUUGUUUUAAAUACUUGCUUCCUGAUUUCUUCAUGCUGGAUGUAAGUUAAAAUACCGAUGUGGACUGAAACUUCGAACUUAAAAUGAAUUCCUUUUACUAGGAGUAUUUGAAACAUAUAACAUUAAUCAGCUAUCACAAUGACAUCAGAAAAAUUAAGCCUUUGUGCUGCAGAUCACACUAUUUUAGCAAUCACACUGUCAGUAUCUGCAGCCUUAGGUCUCUAUUUUCGAUUCUCGGGAAACAAACAGAAAACCAAUGAUGAAUAUCUACUGGCUGGCAAAGACAUGUCAAUACUUCCCGUUGCUUUUUCGCUGAUGGCUACUUUUUUCUCAGCGACGACUCUUGUGGGAAUUCCAACAGAAAUGUAUGAUUAUGGCACCAACAUGGCAUUUAUGAAUAUUGGAUUUUCUCUUGGACCAGUGAUUGCUGCUUUUCUAUUCAUUCCAAUAUUUUUCAAUACUGGUAUUUCGACAGCAUAUGAGUAUUUGGAAAAACGGUUUGGAACAACAACGAGAAGAAUUCUAUCUGCUUUAUUUAUAUUUCAGAGCGUACUCUUCACUUCAAUAACAUUGUAUGCGCCUGCCUUAGCACUGAGUGCCAUCACUAACCUAUCCCUUAUGAUAUCUGUCAUUUCAAUUGGAAUCGUUUGUACAUUUUAUUGCACAUUGGGUGGCAUGAAAGCUGUUUUAUGGACAGAUGUUAUCCAAACAAUUCUUAUGUAUACUUGCCUCCUUACAAUCUCUAUCAAGGGCUGUGUGGAUUUGGGAGGCAUCAAAGAAGUAUUUCGUAUUGCUCAGGAAGGGGGCAGGCUUGUUGUACCAAGAUUUUCUUUCGAUCCUGAGGCUCAUUAUACCAUGGUUAGCGUGGUCUUGCUUGGUUUAGUGAUUACAAUCGGCGCUUAUUCCGGAAAUCAAAUCCAAGUCCAAAGAAUGUUGACACUCAAAAGUAGUAAACGAGCUAUCAUUGCCACAGUUUGUAGUGCACCAAUGUUAGUAAUAUUCCAGCUGUUAUGCUGUCUGAGUGGUCUUGUUAUCUAUGCUACUUACCGGUUAUGCGAUCCUAUGACUUCUCCUGAGAAGCCAGUUCAGUCUGCGGAUCAGUUACUGCCUUACUACAUUGCGACUACAAUGAGUGAAUAUCCAGGACUUCCUGGCCUGUGCAUUGCCGGCAUCUUCAGCGCAUCUCUGAGCACGAUAUCAUCUACAGUGAACUCAUUCGCUGCAGUUAUGGCAGAAGACUUCAUUAAACCCAUAUGGCCGAGAUUUAGCAAUUCGGUUUUCCUAACAAAAACUCUAAGUUUACUCUACGGUAUUUUGUGCAUAGCUUUAUCAUUCUUGGUAGCUUCUAUUGGAAAUCUUAUAAAAACGACAAUUGUUGUGGUUGGAAUGAUUGCUGGUCCUAAUCUGGCGGUGUUUCUCUUAGCAUCUCUCACGACAACAGCUAAUGAAGAGGGUGUUAUUAUUGGCAUCAUUGCAAGUGUUGCCGUAUCUUCGUACCUGAGUUUCGUUCCCACGUCUGUUAAAUAUGACAAGCUGCCUAUGUCCAACGAAUGCCCCGAACAAAAUCCAGCAUCAAAUAUAAAUCAUACAACUCUUGCUUUUACAAUGUCGACUUUGUCUCCAUUUAACAGUACUACUAAUAAUGUUAAAAAAAUUGAAUCGUCAGCUGACAGAAAAGAAGGAGACAGAAAAUACAAAUCUGUGAAAUUAGAUUUAAAUAAUAGUGUGGAAAUUAACGGAACAUAUUGAUCUGAAGAAUUCAGACUUUCACAAUAUUGUCAAACGCUUGUUUUGAACGUUUGUUUUAUGAAAAAACAUAUUUGUUUAAGUUUACACUGUAAUUUAUCAAGUAGCAUAUAUUGCACAUUUUGCAAGCGAAAAAAGAAUUGGUCGGUUUUACUCUCUUUGUGGAAGAAAAGGACACUUACCCUCCAUUUUUAAAAGAGUAUAAGUAAGGAGAGAAUUGUAAUUACAAAGUUAUUUAAAAAUAAAUUAUUAUAUUUCCGAAACUGGGCAUAUACAGUAAUUGAAAAUGAAGUUUUUCCCCCUUUCAGCACUUUUUGAUUUCUACAAUUAAAAAAUAAAAAAAUUUCUGGGAAAAUUUAACUCAGGCUCAGAAAGAAAGGUAAAUUGUGAGCAGCAUUUGUUCAAAAUAUGGUGUGAAAUCUUUUCAGCUUAUACUUUACAGAUACGAUGAAAUUCAUGAUAGCACAGUGUUAAUCAGGAAUAUGACAAUCCGUUUGUUUACAUCGUGUGAUAUUUGACUUUCUGAAAAUGAUAUAUGCCGUUGGAUGGCUAAUUCAUUAAACCGAAGUACAGUAUGUAACAACAGAUUUUUGAUUAUGCCCUGUCUUCUGUGAAAUUUCUGGUUGCUGUAAAUAAAGUGGACAACAAUUUUGUUAGUUCCGAUUCAUAGGUCAUGAAGAUGCUUUCGUGGAUUCAGAAAUGUAUUCAAAAAUCAAAUAAUCUUGCUUACUAGAUUCACGUUUUACAGAAUUCAAAAGGUCUACGAAGAGACAAGUUUGUAGAAAAUUCCUGGAUUUCUGUUACAUUUGCUUUUAUACAUGAAAGAUUAAAACUAUUCAGUGGAAUAUAGUGUUUAGAAAGACAUGAAAUCUCCAAAAUUAAGCAUCUGUCCAAGUAUGAUCUUCAAAUCGAGCAAAAGAGAGUAAGAUUUUCCCAACAAUGAGAAAAAUCAUGGUUUCCCUCCUCAAAUCUAUGACAUUAAUAACAGUACUUCGUUUAACGAGAACAUACGCAGUAGUUUAACGCACAUUUCGAUACUGAAUAAACUGAAAACUUCUACGCGACCAUCUUUAAAAGCGGAUAGUAUUUCUGAGAAUACAAAUAAAUACUGGCAUUGAAUAUUAUUGAUAGUCAUAAUUCUCUAUGGCAUCCACUUUCACGUAAGAGAGAAAUCACUUCGAAGUGUGGGAUUCUUUUGGGAGGUUUCACAGUAAUAGUUGAGCAACUGAAAAAGCUCGACUGAGAAGAUUAAUGGCCUGAAUUUAUCAGUUUAAGAUAUAAACUAAUUUCUUCUGCUUCGAGAGAGGGCCUUAUGGAAACUGUCUUGUUCCACACUGGCUCCUUUAAAAAUGUGAUCACUUUUACCUAACAUUAAAAGUGGAAUCAUAGAAGAACAUAACUUCUUCAUAUUUUAAAGAUGCUACAGAAUAUCUUCUUACCUUACGCUGAUAUCUUUCGUGACUAAUAGGAAUAUUUACUGGAAAGUAGUAUUUAUGCGAAUCUAAUGCGCAUCCCCAUUUUAAAACUUUAAGUAAUAAAAAAAUUGUUUGUCGGCGAAUGUAAUGCGCAUCAAUAGUA